AUGGAUCAAAUUCGCAGCCGGCUCGACCACUACCAGCCUAACGACAAAACCAAAGCCUAUUGCAGGAAGUAUAUUUUUUUUGUGACCUUUUACACUUUUUUUGUUUUAAUCCUGCUCAUCUACAGCUUCUUUUCAACCAAGCUCUCUAUCUAUGGGUGGCUGCUUUUCACAAACCUCUAUUUCUGCGUCUUCCCCAUUUUUUCCUUCAUCGGCAAAUCGUACAUCCCUUCCCUGCUGGUAACGCCGAAGCAGAAGAGAAAAAAUUUAACAAAGAUUCUACAAUUGGAUGCUUUUGGUUUCCAGCAUAAUUUCCAUUUAUAUUAUUAUCGAGGGGUACUCUUUCCUGGCGCUGCGCUGAAGCGCGACCUGGCCACGUUGACUAUGCCAUCCGCGUUGAUUGGGCCGUCCACGUUGACCACGUUCUAUACGUUGGCUUUGCUGACCAUGUUAUGCCUGCACCUUUUUCCCACCAUUUCCGUAAUUGUUUCCCCCCCGCGCAGCAUCUUCACCUACAGCGCGAAGGACCUCUCACUGAUGAUCACCUAUGGCGUCCUAACGUGGGUCAACACGGCGCUCUGUUGGAAGACCACCCAGAGCAUUUUUGACGGGGUGAGGACGCAGCAUAGCCUCCUGGACAAUCUAAACCCAAAAUCGAAUGGCAAAAAGGGAAACAACAACGACGACAAAAAAUGGGGACUGAAGAAAAAGUUCUUUGGCAAAGGAAAAACCACGAAAGAUUCUCAUUAUGUGGAGGUCUGA